AUGGGGAUUGAGCUGCUCUGCCUGUUCCUGCUACUUCUAGGAAGGAAUGAGCUCGUCCAAGGUGGUUGUGCCUGGGGCGGUGCAGAGACCUGCUCAGACUGCUUGCUCACGGGACCUCACUGUGCCUGGUGCUCCCAGGAGAAUUUUACCCACCCGUCCGGAGCUGGCGAGAGGUGCGACACACCUGCAAACCUUUUGGCCAAAGGAUGUCAACUGCCCUUCAUCGAAAACCCUGUCUCCCAAGUAGAAAUACUUCAAAAUAAGCCGCUGAGCGUCGGCCGACAGAGAAACAGUUCUGACAUUGUUCAGAUUUCUCCUCAGAGCGUGGUUCUUGCACUGAGGCCAGGCGGUGAGCAGACCGUGCAAGUGCAGGUCCGCCAAACGGAAGAUUACCCAGUCGAUCUGUAUUACCUCAUGGACCUCUCGGCCUCCAUGGAUGAUGACCUCAACACAAUCAAAGAGCUGGGCUCCCGGCUUGCCAAAGAGAUGUCUAAAUUAACCAGCAACUUUAGACUGGGCUUUGGAUCUUUUGUGGAAAAGCCCGUUUCUCCUUUUAUGAAAACAACACCAGAGGAAAUCACCAACCCUUGCAGUAGUAUUCCCUACUUCUGUUUACCUACGUUUGGAUUCAAGCACAUUUUACCGCUGACUGAUGAUGCUGAGCGAUUCAAUGAAAUUGUGAGAAAACAGAAGAUUUCUGCAAAUAUUGACACGCCCGAAGGUGGAUUUGACGCAAUUAUGCAGGCUGCUGUGUGUAAGGAAAAGAUUGGCUGGCGCAAUGACUCGCUCCACCUCCUGGUCUUUGUGAGUGAUGCUGAUUCUCAUUUUGGAAUGGACAGCAAGCUAGCCGGCAUUGUCAUUCCCAAUGAUGGGCUCUGUCACUUGGACCACAGGAAUGAAUACUCCAUGUCAACCGUCUUGGAAUAUCCAACAAUUGGUCAACUCAUUGAGAAGCUGGUACAAAACAACGUGCUCCUGAUCUUCGCUGUAACCCAAGAACAAGUCCACUUGUAUGAGAACUAUGCAAAACUCAUCCCUGGGGCGACCGUGGGACUGCUUCAGAAAGACUCUGGGAACGUUCUCCAGUUGAUCAUCUCUGCCUAUGAAGAACUGCGGUCUGAGGUGGAACUGGAGGUAUUGGGAGACACAGAAGGACUCAGUCUGUCUUUCACAGCUGUCUGUAACAAUGGCAUCCUCUUCCCCAACCAGAAGAAAUGCUCCCACAUGAAAGUUGGGGAUACGGCAUCCUUCAAUGUGACCGUGAGCAUAUCCAGUUGCGAGAAGAGAAGCCGAAGCCUUAUCAUAAAGCCCGUGGGGCUGGGGGACACCCUGGAAAUCCUCGUCACCGCAGAAUGUGACUGCCACUGCCAGAGGGAAGUAGAAGUAAACAGUUCUAAAUGCCACAAUGGGAACGGCUCCUUCCAGUGUGGGGUGUGCGCCUGCAACCCCGGCCACAUGGGCCCUCACUGUGAGUGCGGCGAAGACACAGUGAGCAUGGACUCCUGCAAGGAGGCCCCGGGACAACCCUCGUGCAGCGGAAGAGGUGAUUGCUAUUGUGGGCAGUGCAUCUGCCACUUAUCGCCCUAUGGGAGCAUCUACGGACCUUACUGCCAGUGUGACAACUUCUCCUGUCUGCGACACAAAGGCCUGCUCUGUGGAGAUAAUGGGGACUGUGACUGUGGCGAAUGUGUGUGCCGGGAAGGCUGGACCGGCGAGUACUGCAACUGUACAACCAGCAGGGACUCAUGCGCAUCCGAGGACGGAGUGCUGUGCAGUGGACGUGGGGACUGCAUCUGUGGCAAGUGUGUCUGCAGGAACCCUGGAGCCUCAGGACCCACCUGUGAACGCUGUCCCACCUGUGGCGACCCUUGUAACUCUAAGCGGAGCUGCAUUGAAUGCUACCUGUCUGCAGACGGCCAGGACCAAGAGUGCAUGGAGCAGUGCCAAGCCGCCGGCGCCACCAUCAGUGAGGAAGACUUUUCAAAGGAUACUUCUGUUUCCUGCUCUCUACAAGGAGAAAAUGAAUGUCUUAUUACAUUCCUAAUAACCACAGACAAUGAGGGGAAAGCCGUCAUUCACAGCAUCAAUGAAAAAGAUUGCCCCAAACCUCCAAACAUCCCCAUGAUCAUGUUGGGAGUGUCGCUGGCUAUCCUGCUCAUCGGAGUCGUCCUACUGUGCAUUUGGAAGUUGCUGGUGUCAUUGCACGAUCGGAAGGAAGUCGCUAAGUUCGAAGCAGAACGAUCAAAGGCCAAAUGGCAAACGGGAACCAAUCCGCUGUACAGAGGAUCCACCAGUACUUUUAAGAAUGUGACCUACAAACACAGGGAAAAGCACAAGCCUGGCUUUUCCAUAGAUGGGUAAACAGACCUACUUCGGCC